AUGUCCCAGCACAAUGGGAUCCAUCCAGAUUCCAAACAUUCCUAUGCAUCUGUUGCUAGAAAAGGUGUGGAUAACAGCAAUGCAUGCAUUGUAUAUUUGGAUGAGCUGAAUUCUUUACGCUGUCAACUAGAUCUUACCCUUGGCUGCUUCCAAUGCUUCCAAAGAAAAAACAGUAGCUUGUACCACAGAGUACUGAAUGACUGCCAUGAAUGUGCAGAAGAUUUUCUCCUAGCCAAGGAGAAACGCACGAACAAUGUAUGGAAAAAUAUUAGAGUGUGUCCACCAUUUCCUUUUGUGUUUGUUGUCUGUAAAUCUUCUCGAAAUGGAGCACCUUGCAAGCUUCGCAAUUGCACAUUCGCCUCCUGCAAAGAAGAAGAAAUUGUAUGGAACUUUGAAAGUGAGCAUAAUCUUUCUCGAGCACAAAUUAAGUCUUUCAUUAAAAAGGUUCCCUAUCAGGAACUGACAGCAGCUGAUAAAUUUUUAUUAGAAUUUGGUGGUAAAUUUCAAUUCCUUUGCCAUACCUGCUGUUUGCAAGAUCCUCCUACAUUCAGCACAAAAUCUCAAAAUCAGGAAGUCUGCACUAACCAGCAGAAGCAUGAGUGGCAUCCUUUACUUGUGCACAAGGUGAUUGAAAGCAAUGAUGAAAACGGCAUUCAAUAUCAGCCGAUCAGAGAAUUUACAGAGUACAACGACCGAGGCCUGUGUAGAAAUUCAGACGCAUGUCAGCAGACAGCUACAAAUUGCAAAUGGUCACAUUCUAUUGUAGAGCUUUCGUUUUGGUCUGAGGCACAGCGCCAUGCCCGUUUUGAUAAAAGCCUUGUUGAAAGGUCAGAGCAAAAGUACAGCAACUAUAUCGCUCCACUGACAGGGUUUCAUUGCAAGCUCUGUUUAGUGAAAUGCACAUCUCAGGAGGAGUUUCGACAGCAUUGUGCCAGCUUGAGUCAUGAUACAAAACUGCAUUCUCAAAUCAAUGAGAACUGGAGAUUUAAGGACCCCCCAGAAAAUGAAGAUGCCUUGAACCUAUGCCCUUGUUUGCCAGAGGAUUGUAAAUGUAAAGUGAGCUGUUGUUAUGCACAUUCGAAAGAAGAACUCGAAGAAUGGAUUCAGCGUUUUAGAUUUGAACAGAAAACAAAUGAAGGAGGGAAUUCUUACAUCCUGAAUAUAAUGCAUGAAUACCACAGCAGUGAACACGGAUAUGAUGUGCUGAAUGAAACUGUAGAGGAUGCCAGUGUACAUUGUACUGAAGAGUUGGAAAUAUGUACAGAAAAGAGCCGACAACAUGAGUGGAAAUUCGAAGUAAUAUCGAAAAGGCAACCAUGUUACACCAUUGCAUUACUUAAAAGAGGAAAGGAAUUUUCAUUGAAAAGAGACGGGUCUGUUUAUGAACAAACCAAAACACAGCCAUUGUUUCCUUCUGAUGGCCCAUUGCAAAAAUAUGUACGCUCCAUCGAAGUGUACUUUUCCAGUAAAAUCUGUGGAGUGUUUGACCAGUGGGUGACGUUUGACUUUGGAAAACGCCCUCUCCUUGUCCAGAAAAUAAGGGUUAUAGUUACUGACAGGAGCCGCAUGGAUGAAGCAAAAAAAGAAAAGAAACCAUCUUUGUCAUCCAACUGGGAUCGUUCAAAGAUGGAGAUUGUGAGAAACACUGUACGUCUGAAUAUGGAUCAUGAGCUGCUUCUAAGAUAUAAAAGCCCUGAAAUGGCUUUUGAUUUUACCAAUCUUCAUCAGGAGUUUCUACCAACAUCCUUGAACUCUCAGAAUUACAGAAGUACAAUGCACAAUUUUCUGUACCAAGAAGAACAAUGUCAAAAAAACACAAUGGAAAGAGUGAAAAUGUGUGUUGAUGUUGAAAUGAAGAAGCACAUAACCACAAAACAAGCUUUACACUGUGCAGAGCCGGGUCAUUAUUUUGGCCAAUUUCCAGCACCGAAACAAUUGGAUUCUGAUGCAAAAGAUAUUUUGUUGCACAAUGUGAACACAGCCCUUAUAGGGCUUGAGGGGAGCCUUCAGACAGUGUAUGAAGUAUUUGUUUUGAAAGAGACUCUUUCCGAUGAACAAAUAUGUGUAAUUAUUCCAGAAAGUGUAGUUAAGAGAUUGAAUAUCUCAGAACCUAUGCAAUACAAAAUGGAAAUCCAGUUUCAGGUUGAUCGGGUUCACUUCUGCAGAAUGCACUACGCUGUGGACAAUAUAAAUCUUCAGGUGAUUACCCCACGAAAUCAGGAAUAUUCGCCUCCUCAAAAUCUGACAUUCCAUGGCACCAACAAUUUAAAUGAAAAACAGGGAAGAGUCCUGGCGUACACCAUGCAAGGCAAUGCGAUUGGAAAGCAAGAACCUCCGUUACUUCUUUGUGGACCAUUUGGUACUGGAAAGACAUUCACUCUCAAUAGUGCUCUGGUUGAGAUAUUAAAGGAAAGGCAUGCAAAUGUCCUUCUUUGCACACACACCAACAGUGCUGCCGAUCUCUACAUACAAGAAUACCAGUCUGAGUUGACACAGUGGAAACCACUUCGAGUUUACUACGAAAAUCGCAGAAUAAAUACGGUGGAUCCCAUUGUGCGUCAGUUCUGCCUGAUCUCAGAAAGUCACCAGUUUGUAUACCCAACUAAACAUCAGGUAGAACAGUACCGUCUUAUAAUUACAACUUUCAGCACUGCCUACGUCCUUCAUAAAAGGGCCCCAGAUGUGCGUUUCACACACAUUCUACUUGAUGAAGCUGCUCAGGCACUUGAAGGUGAAACUUUAAUCCCUCUCCUGAUGGCGGAUGGGAACACUAAGGUGGUUGUUGCUGGUGACCACUUUCAGAUCGCACCAAAGCUGUUCUCCAAGAAGUCUGUAUUUUGUUUUCAGAGUUUGAUACACAGAUUAUUUGAGCACUAUGGUCAAUUGAGUUAUAGUACAAUAGUACUGCAUGAAAACUACAGAUCUGUUCAUGAAAUUACAAAUUUCCUCAUAAAGAACAUCUAUGGAGUGAAAUACUCUGGCCUGAUCAAGGCAGUAGGGAAUGAGUUAAAACACCCCAGUAUUUACCCACUCGCAUUCUGCCACAUUGAAGGUGUGUGUGAAAAAGGGCUGAUAACAUCUUCCUGGCGCAAUGUAACAGAAACUAAGCAUGUCGUUCAGAAAGUUCAAGCACUGCUUCAGUCCUGGCCACCCCAGUGGGAGCAAGAAAAGGAAAAACAUAUAGCGGUCCUGUGUGAUGAUUAUGAACAGGUACUUAUGCUAAGAGGUUUGUUCCGAAGUGAAAAAUUGGAAAAGAUUUGUGUUGACAAGAUCAAUAAUAUUCAAGGCAAGCAGUUCAGAGCUGUCUUUAUUAGCACAGUGAGAAGAGCUGAAAAUACCAAGAACGGAUUCUUCAGUGACAUCUGUUUUCUGAACACAGCCAUGAGUAGAGCAAAAUCACUCAUUACAGUUGUUGGAGAUGCAUUAGCUUUAUGCUCCACUGGAGACUGCAAACAAGUGUGGGAAAUGUUUCUAAAUGAAUGCAUUCAAAAUCAUAGCCUUACAUCGCCAGACCUGAGUGUGGAGGAUGUAAAACAAAACAUUAUGAAUGAACAGCAGAAAAANUCUGAACAAAUUGCUGGCAACAGUAAUGGUAACCAGGAUUGCCACAACGAUGAAGAAAGAAGUGAUCGUAUACUGGAUGCUUUGCUGAAUGAUAUCUUUCAAAAUGAGGCACGCCCUUCAGAUGAAAACAAUCAAGUCUUCAUUGAAAGAAUAUUUCAACAAGUUACAGAAGAAGGAAUGGUGGAAUUGGCUUGUCAUGGAAGAGUAACGGACCAGGAUGCACGUGCACCCAGCUAUAUCAAGAGAGAUAAUUGGAAGAAGUAUGAAGUACAAAGCCCAGAAAAAUUAAAAGAAAUGCUGAACAAAGAGCCUGAAACAUACAAACGUUGUCAAUUGUGGAUGAAAUCACACGAGUGUGGAAUAGCUUGCCCUGUCGAUGGAACAGGUGACAUUAUGGUAAAUGGCAGGAUUAACUGUGGAACAGCUUUUCCUGGAGAGGAAGUUGUGGUGCGGAUAACAGAAAAGCAUGAGGAUGAUAUUCAUGGUAAGGUCAUUGGAGUCACAAAGAGAGAGAUUGGAAAGCUUAAGAACAUCAUUUGCUGCAUUGACCCUUAUGACUGUAAGAUAAUGAUUCCGAUAAACAGAUUAAUGGUUAAGAUACAAAACCUGACCAAAAUGAACCAACCCCCAAAUCAUAUAUGUAUCUGGGACGUUAAUUCUUCACAGUCAAAGCGGACACUAAACAGAUUUGAAUCUGUACCAGUAAGUAACAGGAGAAACAAGCUUUUCACUGUCAAAUAUCUCAAAUGGCUUCCACAUUGCAUUUACCCUCUGGGUAUUGUCACAGAAGAGAUACAGCUGGGAAACAACAAGAAAAAUGGAAUGAAUAUUUUACAAAUCCAGUAUGACUUAAAUGGAAACAUAUUCCCUUGCACAGAAUCCCUCCAGCAGCCUUCAAGGGAAGGAAGAAAGGAUUAUACAAAGGACUGCGUUUUCACAAUUGAUGAUAAGGGUUCCAAAGACAUCGAUGAUGCCAUCAGUGUCCGUGAGCUAGAUGGAAAAUAUGAAAUAGGUAUUCAUAUUGCUGAUGUCGCAGCUUUUUUACAAAAAGAUGGCGAUGUUGACGUUGAAGCCAAGAAUCGUGCAACCUCUUUCUAUUCACCUUGCCAUAAAGGUGAACCAAUUCACAUGCUGCCAAAAGAGCUCAGUGAGGUGCACUGCAGUUUACUGCCAGAUUCAGUGAGAUGUGCAUUUGCAGUUCUGUUUUCUGUAGACAAAAGAAAUUUCAAAAUAGUUGAAAAGCCAACAAUAGAAAGGACUGUGAUCAUUUCCAAACGUGCCUUUACAUACAAAGAAGCUGCAGAGCUUCUUGCUCAGUCACCCAAGAUACUGAAUGCCACCAGCUUCGAAGGAUGUAUGAAUAUCGUAGUCAGCUUUGCAGAUCGUCUUAGAGAAGAACGUUUGAAAGAAGGUUGGCAUCUAGUCAGUCUCUUUAAUACAAUUCGCGAUGAACACAGAUCACGUGGUAUGAUUGAGGAACUUAUGAUUUUAGCCAACAGAACAGUGGCAGAAAUAUUGCUGAGAAAUGAAACAACCAAAAAUCUCACUCCACUUCGUAUUCAACCAAAACCUAAUUCUUCAAAGUUGUCUGCUUUCCAAAAUGUUGUGAAGCCAAUCUUACCAAUAUCUCCAUAUCUAAGAUCCCGCAUAGAACAUACCAUGUCUGGCGCAAACCAGCCUUCAUGUAGCACCUCACUUAAAGAAGUAUUUAUUCUGGAACCUGUGUGGAGAAAGCUUAUUGAGUUCCAACAAUGUCAUCGUUAUGAUAAAAUGAAAGCCCUGCUCUUUUGUGAAAAGCUCCACCCCCAGCUGGCAGCUGCCCUAGAGACUGAGAAAUUCUUUUGGAAGAAAGCCUGCAUGAUUCGUGCAGGUAUGAGAUGUGGUGAUGAUGCAAAUCAUCAUUGCUCUUUGAGAGUAGAAGCGUAUACUUGGUUCACGUCACCAAUAAGACGGUAUAUGGAUAUUGUGGUGCAUCGACUUUUGGAGUCAGUUGUGUUGAACAAGAGUGAAUCUCCUUAUACUGCUGAAGAGAUUGAUGAUAUUUGCCGACAUUUCAACCUCAAAACUGAGGACAGCAAAAAAUAUUCCUCACAGUCGGAACAGUUGGAAGAAGCAGAGGAACUGCAGAAAAAUCCUAGACAGCAACUGGCUGUUCUUUUUAAUGUACAAGAAGGAAAGUCCAGUCUAAGUGUUUUUUUUCUGGAUCAACGGUUUGAAAACAUGAACUCAACUCCUUUACUUUUUGGAUCGUUGGGACUUGACCAGCAACCUGAAUUUAAGGAUGAUUCGCUAACCUUAAAAUGGAGGAGAAGGUUCUUCUGUCCAAAUAAGAGUGCCAUAUUUCCUUCUGCUGUCACUGUUGUAGACAGUGCUGCACACUCUGUCAGCAUACAGACUGAGAAAUGGAUUGCAUUGCAGAAAGCAAUUGGCAAAAAUGAUCACAGCAGAGUUACAAAACUCUUAGAGGAAGAGAAUCACAUACAAAACAAAGCUCGUUCCCAGCAAAGUGUGAAAAGUCAAAAACUGACACCAAAACAGUCUGAACAAGAUUAUCAGUUGUUGUCAAUGACACUUAAGAAUGGCAGUGUGAUAAAAAUGCAACAGGGACCAACCAUGUACCGUGGCUUGCUGAAACCGAACUUACAGGUGGUUUACUUGAACAAGCAAGUAGACAUUUGCAUUGAACACGCUCGAGAUCCAGAAUUGUGCUUCACAAAGACUGAUUGUGGUGAAGUCAAAGGGGCAAAUUUCAUCAACAUAAAAGAUUACAUUGAGAGAUGGAUUCCAGUUAUUGAAAUUGAGGCCGCUGUAAAUUCUGUUAUGCAAAAUGACCCAAUGGUGUUCCUCAAUGUGGAAACAUAUUGGGUUGAGGGUUCACCUUCAUCUGGGAGCUUCAAGAUUGACAGUCGCUACACUGACAUAGACAAACUAGAGAUAGGUGAUUUAGUUUGCAUCCGGCAUUCAUAUGCAUUGAACGAAUCAAAAGAAAAAUCUGCAUUACUAGUUGAUAUUAACCCUAAUGAGUCAACAUGGGUUGCACAUUGUGUCAUCACUGCUUUUAAAGAGGGAUAUUCUUACCGAGAAGUGACAUUUCAAUUACAUCACUGUGCAUCGGAAGCUCCUCCUCAUGUAUAUGUAUUGAAUCAGCCAUCUACAAUUGAGAUCAUAUCACGGAGUGUUCCUGACAGAAGAAAAAUUGACACCAUUAGGUCACUAGAAGAGAAUAAAAAUCUUGCCAGAAGCAUAGCACUAAAAGACUUUUCAUCAAACCCAGAAAUUAGAAGAACUCCAAAAUGUCAAAUGGAAUGGAACAUUCCAGGAUUACCAGAAUUGAACCAAACCCAAAGCAAAGCAGUGAUGAUAGCUUUAAAUUCAGAAUUCAGUGUGAUUCAAGGGCCACCAGGAACGGGGAAAACCAUAACUGGAGCCUAUAUUGUUCUAAAUUGUGUCAAACGCAACCAGACACACAGGGCUCAACCAAUUAAAUCCAAACAUUUGAGAAAUGUAAUAGGUUACAAAAUAGGAGGAAAUGAUCCCAGGCAGAUCCUGUACUGUGGACCAUCAAACAAAUCUGUUGACGUUGUAACAGAGACCCUACUGAAGGCAAACUGUAGCCUGUCCAUUCUCCGGGUGUAUGGGGAACAGAUUGAACACCUUGCGUUCCCAUUGGAAGAUGUGCUGAUAUCUAAAGAAGCAAAAAGGGAUUCCGGCAUCAAAGAAUGUUUGAAGUCCGUUGCCUUGCAUUUCAAAAUCAGGGAUCCCAAAACAAACCCUAACGCUGAACAAAUAAACAGACUUUACAUACGACUGAAGAAGAAUAAAUUUAAGUAUCCUGAAGCAAGAAGAAAGACUUGCAUGGAAUACAAGCAGCUUGUUUACAAAGCACAAGUCGAAGAACUAAAAAAGCACCAAGUUAUCUUAUGUACAUGCACAACUGCUGCUCGAUCACUCAUAAUAGUCAACACAAACAUCUUCAUGUGCAUUGUGGAUGAAAGUGGAAUGUGCACAGAGCCAGAGAGUCUGAUUCCUAUUGCAUCCUCAAAUGCAAAGCAGGUUGUUCUAAUUGGGGACCACAAACAGUUGAGACCAAUUGUGAAAAGUAGAUUGGCUGAAGAUCUUGGCCUGGGAAUAUCAAUAUUCGAGCGAUAUGCUUCAGAAGCAUUGAUGCUAAAUAUUCAGUAUCGAAUGCACCCAGCUAUCUGCAGUUUUCCAUCUCAAGAAUUUUAUCAUGGAAAACUUAAGACUGCAGAAGUAGUUUAUCAUCGGACACCUGGCAAACAGAAGCAUCCACAUGAGACGGACUGUCCAAUUAUGUUUUGUCACACUGAAGGCAAAGAAACAUUUCUUUAUGUGAUGUCUGAAGAAGGGAAUGAAAAAUCCAGGGCCAAUAGCACAGAAGUAACAUAUGCUGUGAAAUAUGCAGAAGAUCUCAUUCGAAAAGGUAAAGCACUUGAGGAAGAAGUUGCCAUUAUUACACCUUACAAUGCCCAGGUUGCAGAGAUCAAAAAGGCCUUGAAGCAAAAGUACCUUAAACAUGUUCGAGCUUCCACAGUUGUCCGCAGCCAAGGGUGUGAGUGGAACUACGUCAUCCUGUCCACAGUCAGGUCUCUCCCUCUUUCAGAAAUAGAAGAUCAUCCAAACAUGUCAUGGUUACGAAAGAACCUUGGUAGUUUAACAGAUGCAAAUCAACUAAAUGUUGCAAUUACAAGAGCAAAGAAAGGCUUGUGCAUAAUAGGUAACAAUAAUUUACUGAAAUGCCAUCCUCGGUGGAGAAGACUUCUGCAACAUUAUGAAGGGAAGAAUUGUGUCUGGAAUGCUGAAAAUUAUUCACCAGUUUAAACUGACUAUGCACUUAUUACUUAUUGUCUAGGGCUGGGCCUUAACUACUAUCAUGUAUAGUAUAGCAACUAUAGAGUUAACAGUGACUUUUAUUGUGAUGUUUAUUUCUUUAUUGUUUUAUUAUGAAAACAAUUCUGAUUCUUUUUGAAAAAAAAUGAUUGUUCAGGACAUUUGAAACUUGUUAAAACAAUUUUUACCUCUUAAAAGAUUUCCUAAAAGCCUGUUCAUUUAUCUACUUGCAGAGUUAAAAUAUUUAUGCUUAUAUUCAGCAAAUUUCAAACUUAAUUUUAAUCCAUUUGUAAUUUAGAUUUUAUUCACUAUUUCUCAAGGAAAAUAGUUGCUUCUAUUAAAUAGUAAUAUACUUCAUAUAAGUUGAUUCUGUAAUGUUGUAAAAUUGUAUUAUGUUGGAAAUUGAGAAGUUGCUAUAUGUCUGUUAGUUUUGUAUUUAGAAAAGAUCACUCUUGCAAUCUCUCCAAUUAAUGAAAUAGCUACUUUGUUUAAUCAUUAAUGUUAUGACUGAUUACUUUGUGAAGACCAAAAUUAAGACCAAGUGAAAUUUGGUUGUGUAAUGCUUCCUGAUUACAGAAUUCAGUCUUUCUCAAUAUCAUUGAAGUCAUGUAAUAUAGAGCAUUAAUACUUGAUAUUCUAAAUGUUUAAAAAAUUGAGAUUGGGAUUGAGUCAGAUUUUUUUGUGUAGGGUCGGGCUGGGGUAGAUUCCGAGUGGAAUGGAUUAGGACUCUUUUGCCCUAGAAUUUUUACAUAUAUUUUAAUCACAGUUCAAUUAUCAAUUGGACAAUUUGCACUGCAUAGAAGCUGCGAUGACUGUGGGUUACUGCUAUAGUUAGCUCCAUAUGGACUAACAAACGUAGAACCCUCUCUAACUGCACACCUUACUUUCAAAUAUUUUAUUGGAUUGCAGAUCCACAUUAUUAUUCAACCUACACCAUCAAGAAUUGCACAACUUCUACCUCUCAGGAAGUGAUUUGAUAUUUGCCUUCGCUUUAUUUGAAGUCUGUUCAUGUUCACAACGAUGAUUCUGUGGACCAUGAACAUGACCAGAUGAGACGAAAGAAUAUGAAAAAGCAUGAAUUGAGUCAUGGUGACCUGGCCAUCAAGUGCAAUACUUCCACAGGCAAUGUCCAAUUUACAAAAUCCUUUCUCAGGAGACAUAUGUACAUGUAUAUUGUAACAUGCAUCGGUCGGGUUGCCUGGGAGGUCCGAUUAAAUGCAGACCCAGUGGCUUGUUCUGGGGACAGAGCUGAUCAGGACUUCAGGCACCAGUUCUGGCCUGGGCAGUGCAGGUACAGGCUGGCAGCCAGGGCACCAUGGGCCCGUCAACUUUAGGAACAUUAGAAGAUUAUUAUUAUUAUUACUUAUCUGACAAUCAGUAACAGACACAGUGUCCUCUACUGGCUACGUGAGACUCCUCCCAUUGUUUAGCUGGUCCAUUCCUAAUGGCCUAAUGAGUUGACCAGAGGGUGGGGGCGGGGGGUAUGGCAUGGGAGCACGGAGUCUGGAGAGGAGCAGUUUGAGGAAACAUGUUCUAAGCAUUAGGUGCCUCCUAUAAGCAUUUGCAAUUAACUCAGUGUAUUCAGUUGUAAUAAAGUAAGUUAUUCUUCUCA